AUGGCCCCCGCCCCCUGGCGCGUCGCCCUCGCCGUCGCGGCGGCGGCCCUGCGCCCCGCCCGCGCCGACGAGUGCGCCGGCGACUUCGUCGUCGUCCUCGACCGGUCGAACAGCAUCGGCAACAAGUGGUGGAACCACCGCAACGACGGGGAGGGCGUCAUCGACUUCCUCGAGAGCCUCGUCGCCGCGCUGGACCCCUGCGACGGCGCCGACGCCGGGUGCGCGGCGACGACGCGCGUCGGCAUGGUCGUCUUCCCGGCGUACGACGGCGGCGACUACGAGGACGACUGGUCCGGCGGCGCGAAGAUCGUCCAGGGCCUGACGACGGACCCCGACGUCUACACGGGCAGCAACGGCAUCCUGACGAACGUCGGCACGGGCAAGAACGCGUGCGACUCCGACCCGAACGCCAACAGCGCCGACUCCGUCAUGUCGUGGCCCUGCGGCGGCUGGGCCUGGACGCCCACGUGGCUCGGCCUCGAGGCGGCCUACGACGAGCUCUUCGUGAACAGCUACGACCCGUCGAGCAUCAAGACCGUCAUCCUCGUCACCGACGGCCUCCCGUCGAACAACGCGGCCGUCGGGUCCAAGUUCGAGCGGCCCGUGCACCUGACGCUCGAGGCCGCGACGAAGCUCAAGGACAAGAUCGCGACGGAGUCGGCGUCGGGCCGCGUCUUCGGCGUCGGCGUCGGCGGCAACUACGAGGACAUCGGCACGUCGCCCUGCGAGCCCUUCUGCGACCACUACAAGGGCGAGGGCCUCUUCAUGGGCAACUACGCGUACGGCACGACCUACUCCGGCGAGGUGACCAUCGAGGGCUUCGAUGGCUCCGACGCCUACUGCGGGAGCGCACCGGCCUGCUACCCCGAGUGCACGGAGUCGCAGCACAACGCGGCGUCGAACAAGGAGGGCUGCGGCACCUACACGGCGUCCGCGACGCACGACUCGCUCGUCACGGGCGACACGGUGUCGGAGAAGUACGAGAACAUCGUGAGCCUGUCGAGCUCCGCGGACCUCAUCGACAACGUCGACCCGACGCCCAACCCGACGCCCCAGCCGACGCCCCAGCCGACGCCGAACCCGACGCCGAACCCGACGCCCGCGCCGACGCCCGCGCCGACUGUUGCCACCGGCGACUUCGGCGGCACGUGCCUCGGCGACUUCGUCGACUACGACUUCUCGAUCGGCGGCAUCUCGCAGAACAACCUCGGCGGCGUCCAGGGCGACUGCAAUUAA